GGUCCAAUGACUGGUCAUGCUUUGUUGUAAGCAUCAAAGGGCUCCGACCCCAGUAAACUCUAAUACAUCCUGUCUGUCCUGGCGAUGCCUCUCUGCAUAUAAUAGUCGAUCGACACCUCGUCCCCCAAAGCUUACCCUUUCUGUCUCUCUCGAGUCAUUCACCCAACCCCCUUCUCCUCCCUUAUCCCUCGAUAUCUGAACCACCCAACAACAACUAGACUUGCGUAUAGGUUGCCGACAGACCACGCGGGGUCUUAGACAGUAUGAAGACGGUAGGCAACAUCUACAUCAUCGCGGCUACGUCCGUCAUAGGCGGCGCGCUGUUCGGAUUUGAUAUCUCGUCUAUGAGCGCUAUCAUCUCCACACAACCAUACAAAUGCCAAUUUAACCAGCAAGGAAAUAACCCCAUAACCGGCCAGUGCCAGGGGCCGGACGACGUCCUGCAGGGUGGAAUCACCGCCGCCAUGCCCGGAGGGUCGUGGCUUGGCGCCCUCAUAUCCGGUUUCUUAUCCGAUAUCUUCGGCCGAAAAAAGGCGAUUCAGAUCGGCGCCGUCAUCUGGGUGAUCGGCUCUAUCCUCGUUUGUGCCUCCCAGAACAUCCCUAUGCUGAUUGUCGGACGUAUCAUCAACGGUCUGAGCGUGGGCAUCUGCUCUGCCCAAGUCCCCGUCUACAUCUCCGAGAUAUCGCCACCAUCUAAGCGAGGCCGAUUAAUUGGCAUGCAGCAAUGGGCUAUCACUUGGGGUAUCGCUAUCAUGUUCUUCCUAUGUUACGGUUCCAGCUUCAUCCGCGGAGCGGCGGCCUUCCGUCUCCCUUGGGGCUUGCAGAUGAUCCCGGCUAUUAUCCUGUUUUUCGGCCUCUUAAUCCUUCCCGAGUCUCCGCGUUGGCUGGCGAAGCACGACCGCUGGGAAGAAGCCCACGAAGUGCUCGUCUUGGUCCACGGCAAGGGCGAUCCUCGAUCGGCGCUCGUCGCUAAGGAGAUGGCCGAAAUCAGGGAAGUGGUCGAAUUCGAGCGUGCCAACGCUGACGUCUCCUACCUCGAGCUGUUCCGGCCCCGGAUGAUCAACCGUACCCAUAUCGGUGUCUUCACGCAGAUCUGGUCGCAGCUCACCGGUAUGAACGUCAUGAUGUACUACAUCGCCUACAUCUUUACCAUGACCGGGUCAGGCGACGACGUAUUGCUGCCCAGUGGCAUCCAGUUCAUCAUCAACGUCGUCAUGACCGUUCCCGCUCUUAUCUGGCUCGACAGGUGGGGCCGCCGCCCAACCAUGCUCGCCGGUGCCUUCUUCAUGUGCCUCUGGCUCUGCAUCAACGCCGGCUUGUUCGGUGCGUACUCGCGCCCGGCGGUGCCCGAGGACGGAUUUGAUACCGCUGCUAUCUCGAUGGUCAUCUCCGGACGCGCCGCUAAGGCCGUGAUUGCCAGCACCUACCUGUUCGUCGCCUCCUUCGCCACGACGUGGGGCCCCGCCUCUUGGACCUACCCGGCCGAGCUCUACCCGCUGCGCGUACGUGGUAAGGCUGUCGCGCUCUCGACGUCGUCUAACUGGGCCUUCAAUUUCGCCCUCGCCUACUUCGUCCCGCCCGCAUUUGCCAACAUUUCGUGGAGGACGUACGUGCUGUUCGCCGUGUUCUGUUUCGCCAUGUUCUGGCACACGUUCUUCCUGUUCCCGGAGACGGCCAACAAGACUCUCGAGGAGGUCGCGGACAUCUUCGAGAACAACAACCCCGGCUCCAUCAAGUACAUCGGCACGCCGGCCUGGAAGACGCACAACGACCGGUCCAUCCUCAGGGUUGAGCGCAACCUAGUCAGCUCCGAGGAGAAGAUUGGCAUCCAGCACAGCACCGAGUCCAGGCCUCAAGAGUGACGAGAGAGCUACGAGCAGGGAAGGGUAUCGCCCGGCGGAUAGAAAUCGGAGUCGGGGUAGGCGGCGACGAACCGCGAAGAAGAGGAGGCUAUUAUGGUAUACCCCAUUUGGAG